CAGACACCUGUUGGAAGCAAAUCCUGACGCUGAAGCCCCUCCUCGUCUCUCGCUUCCCCUGUUGCCUCUAUCCUAUUGGACAACAGUGGGACAAAUGUGUGUUCUCUCUCCUCCUCCAGCCGGCUCCAGAACCCAAUAUUUACACCAGUUCGCGCACAUUUUCCACAAGUGAACUCCCUGCAUUAAAAGGGAGGACGUGGUAGUUUUCGUCAAGGCAGUCGUUGCUUAAACUGGACUUGGGAGUCUACAGGCAGCCCGGAAUCUCAAGAUGCCUAGGUCUUUUCUUAUUAAGAAGCAUUUCUCAACCAAUAAGAAACCCAAUUACGGUGAACUGGACAGUCAGACAGUGAUCAUCUCCCCGUUUAUUUAUGAGAAGUACCCAGUCCCCGCCAUCCCUCAGCCUGAAAUCCUCAGCUCGGCCGCCUAUUACCCCACCAUCGUCUGGGACACAGGGCUGAUCUCCAGCUUCUGCUCGGCUGAUAUCGAAACCAACCUUUCCAGCAAGAAAAUCGAUUCGCCAACAGCGGACAACGUGAAACGACGCAAAUCUCACGACCUCGCAUCCUUAUCGAGCGAGGAAGAGGACGGGAAGACAUCGGACCCUCCCAGUCCCGACUCCUCAGCGACAGAAGCAGAGAAAUUUCAGUGCAGUCAGUGCACCAAGUCUUACUCCACCUUCGCCGGACUGUCCAAGCACAAACAGCUACACUGCGAGGUCCAGGCCAGGAAAUCCUUUAACUGCAAGUACUGUGAGAAGGAGUAUGUGAGUUUGGGAGCCCUGAAGAUGCACAUCAGGAGCCACACGCUUCCUUGUGUUUGCAAAAUCUGUGGCAAGGCUUUCUCCAGACCCUGGCUGCUGCAGGGGCACAUCCGCACACACACUGGAGAGAAGCCUUUUUCCUGUCCUCAUUGCAACAGAGCAUUUGCAGAUCGGUCCAACCUCAGAGCCCAUCUUCAGACUCAUUCUGAUGUGAAAAAGUACCAGUGCAAAAACUGCUCCAAGACUUUCUCCAGAAUGUCUCUUCUUCACAAGCACGAAGAAACAGGUUGCUGUGCAGCUCGCUGAGAAAGACGGUCAUUCAACUUCUGUGUGCAUUUCAGCCCGUUGGUACAGACUGAAUCUUUUUAUGUUGGACUAAUGCUGGUUUUUAUUUAUUUUGUGAUUAGAACAUGAAUAUUAACAUUCCACUUUUGUAAAUCGCAGCUAUCGCCUUUUUUGGAGGGAGGACAGAACAGACUGGCUAAGGUGUCUCAAUCAUUUCAGUAUUUGAUUCAGUAUAAACCACCAAACAGGGAGAUUUUUUUAUGGUGUAACUAUGCAAUAAAAUGGUAAAUGAGGGCUGCUGACAUAAAAUGUUCUCAGUGGAACAAUGAAGCCCUGCAAUGUGUAAAGAUUUGUGCAAUGGGUUUAACAGACAUGGCUUGCUAUUUGAAACAAAAUUCCUGUUUACGGGCAAGCUGUGUGCUGAAGCACCUGUUAAUAUGAACCUUAACAACUGCUUUUCAGUGGAAGUGUAACUAAUGGCAAGCAGUUGUCACAUGCUACAAUGCAGGGCUUAGAUAAAUGCCUGACUAUUGACAGGUGUGUGCCAAAAGACUUUUUAUGGCUAUUGACAGGUGCCUGGUGAAUGCAUCUUUUUCUAUACAGUGUACACAAUCGUCACAAUAUAUAUUUGUUUACAUUACAAGGGUACACUGGUAAUGCUCUUUGUAUACUGUAAUUUUUUACGUGACAGUUUUGUAUUGCUAAGACUUUAACAUGUACAUUAUAUAAAGAAUAUGUAAUAAAAAU